AUGUCAACCGGGAGUCAACAUCCUAUAGGAGACCCAGACUUGAGACCAAUCGAAGGCUCCAUCAAGCCAGCGCCUAGGCAGGCCAUAAAGCCUAGUGCUGGAACAGGAGACCACAUGUCUAACGUGGCGAAGGCCCAGGGCAACAAUGGGCAGGUCAGUGUCCUUCACUCAAGAUUGCAUGGCUCCGCACCAAGCAGUAAGACCAAACCUCCAGGCUCAACCACGUACCGCACCAGUAGCUGGUAUCGUCACGAUCCAAUCGACUUUGAUGAAUUGGAUUCUGGUCUGGCGACAACAGUACAACCGCAGUUGCCGGCGCCAAUGUCUGGGCACUCGUCGUCACUUCCAACGAUCCUUGAACCAGUUGGUGGUACGAAGAAUGGAUCAGCUACCUUGGAUAGUGCCCGAGUCACGGAGAUCUUCCGACUUUUUGGACCUAAUGCCGAAACGCGACCUACGCAGCCAAGUAUGACGCAAAAGACUUCAAUCAAGGUCACGAGUGGGAUCCCGCCGCAACAUCCAGACAGAACCAACAAGCUGAUACCAAAAACUCAGAGCGCUUUGAAGGAGAUGGCAGGAAAGAAGCCAAAGCCCCAACUCAAGCAGACUCAAGCCGCCCAGAAAGGAUUUCAGGCGACGCCUCCCACCAGGACAGCUCAGCACGUGCGGGAGGGCCAACCACCCAAGUCUGUUGCACGCCAUCCUGACUCGGCAACUCCUGCUCUCAAAACCACUCCGGCGGCACAAAAGGAUCGCUCGAGGUCCACUAUUCAUACCGGCAGGUCUAAAGCAUCCGCCGACGGCGAGCGAGCUACGGGCCAGAGUCAAACAGGGCCGAAAGCCCCAAACAAUAAAGUCAGCGGCAUUAAACCAACUAAAGCAACCCCGAAGAGACAGUCUGGUCGGGCAGGGUCGAGUGAGCGCAAAGGGUCCAGAGUUUCAGGGAAGGAGAAGAAGACCUCAGGUCCAAAGCCUCAAAACCCUCCUCCCAAAGGGAACAAAUCCAACGGUUUGUCUCCGACUCCUGGCAAGCGCGGAGGAAACAGCAGCCACAUCACCAAAAACAGCUCCGUGACAAACUCAACGACUAACACCACCAUUCAUGUCAUCGGUGGAAACUCCGACAAUUCGGAAUCGGAGCGUAAUACCACGAGCGAUGACCUGUCUGGAGACGAGACCGAUGGAAAUGGCGACUUCCCUGAGGCCACUGGUGUUGAUACUUCGGUGCCAUCUUCACCAGUUAGUUCAACCGGGCAAUAUCCUACAGGACAAUCAGAGUCGGAAAGUCCCUCCAACAACAAUGGAGAGCCUGAUCAACAGCUUGAGACUGCGUCUCAUUCAUCAUCUCCAGCAUCUCAGAUUGGUGGUCAAAUAUCAAAUUUCCCUGGUCAGCAAGCCCAGGUCCAGAUCCAUGGUCAUGGGGUUCAGUCGGAGACCGGCAUAGGCACUUUGCCAUCAGGCACAUAUAUCCCCGCUUCAUUCAUCUCCCAGGAGUCUGCAAAUGAAGGCUUUGGUCAAGGUUUCCAGUCUGAUGCCGCAGAGAGCGCAAUGCCCUCACACAAUGGCACACAGUCUGCGUCUGGGGCUGCCACGGCUGGGGGACAGGGCUCAGCCACCCCCUACUCGACGCAGGAUUCACUUACGGGAUACAUGCAGCAACCUGUGUCGCAGCCAGGGUACGAGCAGGGUGGACAAAUGUCGUUAUUUCCUUCAAAUGGAAAUGCUCCCUACGACGAUCAGCAUUGGAAUCCCGCGCCAUCGGGGCCACCAGCCUUUUCACCCGGCAAUGGCAAUCGUCGGCUUUCCAAUCAUCUCAGCCUGAAUCCUGGGACUUCGUACCCGGUUAUGGAAAGCGACAACAAGCUACAGCCAGGCUGGAGGGCAAACGCGAUUGGCGAUGCGUCUGGCGGUAGUUCAUUUUCAGCUCCUGUUGGGACGAAGCCCCCGUCAAUUCAGGGACUGCCUGUAGGCGCCCCAACUUACGUGGCAUCUGAACAACAGCCCUCAGUGCCUGCCUCCACCACUACCGGAGGAUGGCCUCCGAAGAAUUCAGGAUUUGAUGCCGACUCUUACGGUGUUCCUAAUGCUGAAAUGGAUCGCAAAGGGCAGACCCAAGAUGCAGGGCACAUGCCAGCCGCUCAACCGGGGCCGUUCUCCAACCAAGUCGUAUCUCCAUCGUGGCCAGUGGAAACUGGACAGGGAAACAAUUGGAGCUACCUUUCUCCGACUACUGCGCAAGCCCCCGAGUCCUCGUACGAUCCAUGGGCACCACAGACAGGGGCUUCAAAUCAGUCGAAGACAGACCCGUGGGAAGGAGCACAGAUUACAGGCAUGGGCAAGCCGAAUUCAGCCUGGGAUUCCCAAGUUGAGCCCAUGUAUCCUGGCCCAUCAGCAAAGCCUUACACUUCAGGUACCCAAGCGUGGCAGCCACAGGGAAGUCUUUCAACGGGGCAGGGUCACUAUUCCUCUCCCAAUGAAAAUCAGAAUGCAACUUUGGCAGAUUGGAGCAAUCGUAAAAAUGCCUCAGCCGCCGGAGGACCCCAAGCAUCUCAUGAUCCAACAUGGCAGGCUUCGGCGCCCUACGCAGAACAGAGCUCGCACAUAGGUCCUUAUGGCUCUCGAAAAGGACCCGAUGAGCAUCAGCCUUUUACACAUGGAGGCCAGCCAUCACCGAACUCCGACAGCAGAACCAACAGAUUGACAGCAGCUGCCUUGGGUUUGGCUGCGGGAGCAGCUAUCGGUUAUGGAGUUGCUUCCUUGGCUCGUAGCUCGUCCACAUCGUCUGCAUCAUCAAGGGCUUCCGAUCAGGGAGAUGACGAAUUGGAGCCAUAUAGCACCCAGGUUUGGAACGAUCCAUAUGGACAACAUGGCACUCUAUAUGACGAUGAAAAUGAUGCUUCUCAAGAGACGAGCAGUAUCAAAAGUGUGAGUUCGUCGUCGCCAUCAGAUCAGGAAACUACAGGCUGCUUUGCACCAGAGCAACAAUCGGUGAAUAGCAAUUGGGAUGAAAAUGCCGACAGCACCCACUACGCCGACAUGAACCACCAUGGAGACCUUUACAGGAACGAUUCUCAGCAUUUCGACGACCGAUUCAUGACAUCAAAUCAAUCUUCGCCGACUUACUACAACGACGAGCAUUUUGCUCAGCAACCGAACGAAUUUGAACAACUAUACGCACACCAAGAGGUCUUUGACAAUGCUGAUGAGCAUGGUAAUUGGCCCGGUGAGGACAAUACAUAUCAGCAGUCACACGAAGAUCAAUUUGAGAGUGAUAAUGAGAGCGCGUCUGAUUCAGAGUCCUUGCUCUACGAUCACCAGCCCGAUUACGGCCAUGAGCCACAGAAUCAGUACUUUCAACAUCAAGGAUAUGCGCCAGAGGCCUAUCAGGACUCAGUUGGAUCUGAGGAUGAACAGAGUGAUGUGCAGACCGACUAUCAGGAUGAAAAUGGUGGCGAGUUGAGCGAACAGUCUGACGGUCACGAUGAUGAGGAUGACUACGAUAAUGGAUUUGACUCCCAAGACGACUCAAACUAA